UGAGGUUAAUAUAAAAAUAAACAAGUUUAUGUAAUGAUUAAGUGAUCGCAGAUAUAUAUAUUAAAAAUAUUUUAGAUAAUUUCGAAAAAAAACUAUUUGAUAAAUAUAUAUUUCAACUUUAAACUAAAUGGUCUUUAUUGCGUGUUCAUUAUAUCUUAAAAAAAAUAAUGCGUGGUAUAUACUCAAAUUUCAAAUCACACAAUAUAAAAAAAAUGUGGAGGAGUAUAAAAUAAACAUAUUAGAAAUAAAUUGCCUUCUGCGUUGUUUUCUUUGUUUUGUUUCCAUGGAUACGUGUAAAACCAUAUGAUUUGUGAAUUCCCACAAAGUAUUGUUAAAAUCAGCAAAGUUUCAAAACCCUGCCCGAAAAUAGGAAUAAUGCCUCAUUGUUUCGCUCCCUUUUAUCUCAAUGGAGCUAUGCGUAAAACGCGUUUUGUACUUUCGAAAAGUUUACAUUACCGAAGUGUAGAACAAAGAAAAUUAGCGCAAGAGCAAAUAUUAAGAAAAUUAAUAAAUUCGCUAGGAGUCUGUAAACUUAUGAAAAUUCAUUGAACGCAAAAAUUAUUUCAAAAAAAUUCAAAAAAUAAAGUAGUGUAUAUAUCGCCUAGAAAGUAACCAAACUGAAUUUUUACAAGCCAAUAGACAUGGCUCAAAAUAUUAGUCCCGAACAUGGCGGCGGCAUAUCCGGAUCGACAGGAAUUAAGCACAACGAUGAUUCUGUAACUAUUAAAGAUAAUCACGCUGUGAGUAAAAGGCUGCAAAAAGAGCUUAUGUCUCUAAUGAUGACAACUGAAAAGGGCAUUUCGGCAUUUCCCGACGGCGAGAAUAUAUUUAAAUGGAUCGGUACUAUAACAGGACCUAUUAAUACGGUCUAUACCCAGCAAAAAUAUCGCUUAUCUUUGGAAUUUCCAAAUUCUUAUCCUUACGCUCCACCCGUAGUAAAAUUCCUAACGCCCUGUUUCCACCCCAACAUUGAUCUUCAAGGCUCUAUAUGUUUGGAUAUACUAAAAGAUAAAUGGUCGGCUCUAUACGACGUGCGCACAAUACUUUUAUCGAUACAGUCUUUGCUGGGUGAACCGAAUAUUGACAGUCCCUUGAAUGCAAAUGCGGCUAUGAUGUGGGUUGAUCAGACAGAGUACAAAAGGUAUCUCGAUGCCUUUUAUGAAAAACAUAGAGACACAUAAAUGAAAGAACGCCACCAACUUUAACAUCACAAACAUUAAGGAAUUAUUUAUGUGAAAACGUUUUAUUUAGAAUGGACUCCAAUUCGUUGGUGGUCGCUCACAUCUUGCAUAUAGUGGAUUUUCAAUUUUUUCCAUCCUAAUUUUCGGCAUAU